CAGAACUGGAAAAUUAGAAGUGAAGUCUUGAGGAAGAAGCCGGCAAUAUUUCAAAUUUUGCACACACAAAGUGUUGAAGGAACUCAGCAAAUCGGGUAGUAUCUAUGGAAGGCAGUAGGCAGUCGACGUUUCAUGCCGAGACCCUUAACCAGAUCAGUUCUCUGGAUUCUGUCUGACUUUUGCUGAGUUCCUCCAGCAUUUUGUGUGUGUUGCUGAAAAUUUCCAGCGUCUGCGGAAUCUUUUGUUUAUUGUUUCAAAUGUGAUAUCGAUUUACUUUUGGAUUUGCAUCGACCAGUUGCGGAGUGACUCUGCUCCAAUGACGUAUCACUGGUGCUUCUCACCGGGAAAUGUUUCCUGGUACGUCACGGCGCCGCGCGUGAGGGCCGUGCGCACGUCAAAUGACGUGAGACGUUGAAGGACGGCCAUGCCGGACUCGGGAGUGAGGGUAUCAUGAGAUAUAAAGUUUGAAGUGCUUUUACCUGUUCACUUUGCAAUGGCAAUGACAGCCCGGCUCAUGCCCAGGUGCAUCCGGCACCUGAGUGCUUCGUUCCUCACUGUUCCAGUCUCCGCUACUGUGCUAACUACCUGCAGGCGAAUCAUGCCUGAACAGUACUGGUCGUCUGUGCCGUUUGCUGGUGUGCACAUGUCUGCUGUUUGCCACCAAACUGACUUGCCUUCUGCUGCUGAAAAACCCUUCAGCCAGCACCCAGAGGACACAAAGAUGAAGGAGCUGAUUGAGUUAGCCCAGAGUGUAGAGGAGCUCCUACAGAUUCCCAGUGACCAGAAAAUCAAUGGGAACCAAGCAGCCUCAGUGCUUAUUCGUAUUUGUGUCCUGAAGAUAAGUCAGAAGCUGGACCCUCAGGAUAUCAUGGGGGACGAGCGCUUCAAGCAUCUUUUGAACACCAUUGACAGACAGGUUUCAAUCGUAUGGAAUGGGAACUUGAUCAGCUUGCUACGGAGCCUCUUUUUCAUCGGAAUUGAUGCUAAAAACCCAGUCCUUCGGUCUAUUGAAAACGAGGUCCACUGGCGGCUGAGACGGCUAACUUUUAAACAUCUCACUUCGCUUCUUGACUACUACACCAGUUUUGCACAGUCAGACCAACAGAAGGUGUUGCUGAGUGAUAUAAUAAAACAUGUGGAAUUGAGGUGGGCAGAGAUCACGGAUGCAAAGACUGUGGCCUUGUUAAUGACAAAGGUUGGACACCUGUCAGAUACGCUAAUGGACAAACUGGAGGAUAAGAGCUUGGAACUGGCUGAACAUUUCACUCCUGAUGACACAAGAAAAGUGAUGCUGGCCUUGGCAUUUCAAAAUCGGCGCUCUGUUCCUUUGCUACGUGCCCUGUCAUACCACUUCAUGCAAAAGUACUUUGAUCUCAAGACUGAGUUACUGAUUGACAUGGCUUUUGCUUAUGGAAAGCUGAAUUUCCAACAGACACAGGUUUUCCAGCGGCUGGCCUCUGAACUUCUCCCCAGGGUACCGGAGUUGAGUCCCCUUGAUAUCAUGCGAUGCACAAAGUCAUUUGCUUACCUGAAGUGGCUCAAUCUACCUUUGUUUGAAGCUCUAGCACAGUAUGUAUACGAGCACUGUGACGCGAUGACUGAAGUGCAGCUCUGUAACAUCAUCAUGGCCUUCGCUCGUCUUAAUUAUCAACCAGCCACUGGAGAGACCUUCUUUGCUAAGAUUCACAGUAAACUUAACAGUGUCCUGUUGGAGAUGGAUCCAUUCCUGCUGGUUGAUUUGGUAUGGUCACUUUGUAUAUUACAACAGGUUAAUCCUGUUUACCUCCGUCAUGUACUUCAACCACAUUUCUACCAAAGAGUUACAGAAGGGACCCAGCCACAGAAAGGGGAGAACUAUAAACUGAAGUUGGUACAUAUCAAUGCCACAGCUCAGCUUGAAUGUUCUGACUAUAGUGGUCCCUUUUUGCCAAGUCAGUGCCUGGAUGUCUGGAUCUCAGGAGCCAGGAAGAAGCCAAGUCCACUAAGUAGUGGUGUAUGUGAAGCUUUGCAGUCUGCCUUUGGAGACCAGACCAAAUAUCGCUGUGGUGUCAACACAUUGUAUGGUUGGGUUAUUGAUGGAGAAGUUCUGAUGGAUUCUGAGAGUAAGCCUCUUGCCCUCCAGGAGUACACAGCCUUGCACAUAAUUCAACCUGAGGGGACAAUGAGCCUUCCCUCUGGAGCCAAGAGAUUGGCGCUCAUGGCUAGGGAAUAUCCAAAUUACAUGUCACGAAGCCGAGAUUUGUUAGGACGGUUUGCAAUGGCUCGUCGGCACUUGAAGGUUGCUGGAUUCUUGGUUGUGGAUGUGCCAUAUUAUGAUUGGCUUGAACUGAAGUCAGAGUGGCAGAAGGUUGCAUACUUGAAGGACAAAAUGAGCAAAGCCAUAGCGGAAGAAAUGGCACAGUGAAACACAGAGAUCUGCCUCUCUGCGCUGUGAAUCUUGCUUGAAGCUAGGCUGUGAAGACAGAAGUUCCUUCUAGAAUGCAUGUGAUAAAGAGCAGUGGAGUCAAUGAUUUUCAUUGUACAUACUAUAUUUUAAAUUAAAGGAAUCCAUUGGUUCUGCAGUUUGUAUUUGAGAGGUGGAGAGAUUUUAUUUGCUAGGUAUAUGCAGUCCUGUUUAGCUUUGGAGCACCCAGCUCCCUAUAAUUCCCAAUUUCACCUAUUUAAUCCCUUUGCGUGGAAGUAAAACUCCUUUGUUUUAUCCAAUUCUAUACAUAAUGAGUAAUGGUGACCAAUACUUAAGAUUCAAAAGACCAAAUCAUUAGAAGUCAACUACACUUUAAAGUCUGAAGUUUGAAUUUUUUUUGUAUUUUGGAGCAAUAAAAAGUUUCCUUU